UUGAGUGUGGAAGUUGUGUGACUAGUCUGCCCGCCGCCUCCAGUGCUUCUAGUGUUGCCUUUUGCCAUCGUCGCGUUAUAUUGUGCACUACAGACCAACGAACUGUUUCGCGGUGUACGAAACUUGGACAUACGUGGAGUGGAUAUCCGAGAGAUACUAUCUUGUACCCGGAGAUGUCCAUCGCCUCAAUGCUGAUGCUGCGGUGAUGCUCCGCUCACAGCAGCAGCAACAGCAGCAACAACAGCAGCAGCAGCAACAACAACAGCAGCAGCAACAGCAGCAGCAGCAGCAGCAGCAGCAACAGCAACACCAGCAGCAACCGCAGCAACAACAACAGCAACAACAGCAACAACAACAGCAACAACAACAACAACAACAACAACAACAACAACAACAACAACAACAGCAGCAACAACAGCAACAGCAACAACAACAACAACAACAACAACAACAACAACAGUCACAGCAGCAGUCACAACAAAACACAAGUACUAAUUCAAGUAACUCAUCCAACAACAGUACUUCACCAAACAGCAAUAACAGCAACAAUAGCAACAACAACGGCCCUAAUAAUGCCAGAGAAAUAACAUCUUAUAUCCAACAGCAAAAUAACAGUGUCAAUAACAGGGACAUAACAGCUUACAAUCAACAACAACAGCAGCAGCAGCAACAGCAGCAGCAACCACCGACAGGAAGCAAGACUCCGGUGCGAGACCUUGGCGGAGGCUCUACCUUGUCCCUGAAGACUCAGCCCACGCGGGACACGGCACAGGGUCGUGGACGUGAGAGUCGGACAGGAUCCCGAGAACGAUUACUGAACAUUCCCCUCAGCCUGGCUCAGCGCGAGUACCCUCGACAUGACUACUAUCAGCACAAGCCCCAAGACUACCCUACCAAACCACAGGACUACCCCAGCAAGCUGCAGGAAUACCCAUCUAAAACUCAAGAAUACCCAACAAAGCCACAGGAAUACCCCAGCAAAAAUGGAAGUAAUACGCCUGUAUACAAAGCUCAGAGCCGCGAGGUAGUGCCUGCUCAGCGUCAACAGUCCCCAGGGAUUGCUCUUGCUAUGAUGGGGUCCCCUGGAACCGGAAAUGGAGGACUAAGGGAGCGUGUGACUUCACACCGAGUAACAUCGCCACCUGUCAAGUUAGAGUCACAACGUAUAGCCAGUCCACCUGUCAAAAUGACAGACCAUCGCUCACAGCAUGAUUAUGGAAAACUCGACCUACCGAAAAUGGAAGGUUCCCCUGUAGGGGUGGGUGUUCCUAACCUGAGUCCUCUUAGCGUCAGUAGUCACUUUGUGCAACAGUUCCCUGAAAGAGACACAUCUUCAUCCUCCCAGGGCAUUGGUGGCGCCGUAUGGGAAGGAGGUUAUCCCAUGACUCCAGAAAAAUACCCCAUGUCAGCACCACAAACGUAUUCACCCCUUAACUUAACGGCGCUGCAAAUGCAGGCCUCACCAUCUCACAGCCAGCGGCUUACUCAUGAUUCAACAGAAAAGGUAAUUGAUGUUCUAGAGCAAAAGAAGGACGUCAGUUACUCUCCAUGUAACAGUCAAAACAAUAACAGCUGCAAGAAUAAUUGCAGCGGUAUCUUGACGGCAGACGAUAUCCUCGACGACAAAUACCGCGACUACCCAGCUGAAAAAGACGAAGGGGACCCUGAAGUGCUAGUUGACGGUUGUGAUCUCAAGAAGUUGGCUGAAGUCACCAAUAAGAUGGCCUUAACGGUGCUCCCUGAUGAUGUAGAUACCUAUAAUGAACUCAAUAAGCAUCAUCUAAGUGGGCACCUAAACGCUCACAUAAGCCAUCUAGGACACCCAGCUGGUCAGGUAACACCCGAAAGUACAGACUGUGGUUCGCUUAGUAAGAGUUCCUCCGACGGAGACCACAUGAUGAACCGAAAGCGGCCACCAACCAAGCUCAAGUCCAAAAGACGCAACAUCCUCUCUUUUCCGCAUCAUCUUUCCGUUGAUGAGCUCAGGAUCAUACAGCGCCGUCAAGAUUCUUAUGGCGGUGGGUCGUCUUCAGACGAAAAUCGAUCAUCAGGCCAUGCUUCUAUGUCUGAUGGCCACACCUCCUCAUCACCGCCCAUCGACUCACUACCUCGACAUGACCACCUGAGACCCAACCUCAAGGUUGUUCCUGAGGAUGACCGCCUCUCCGCUGCAGUGACCUCCGUUGGAGCGGGAUAUAAAGGAGCAGGGUCGGGCCGGCGAGCUCAAGCUUGGCCACGCCAUAGAACUGCGCCAUCCAAGGAUGACCUUUCCUUGACCCUGGAGAGUGCCAGCGGACUCGAAGACAUCAAGCAAGCAAUAGAGCAACUCACCAUGCGUUCACAAGGUUCUAGGACCAGCUACUCCACUUCAACUUAUUCCUCCAUGUCAGGAUCAGAGGGGGAGCCUGUGAGGAGACUGAUGCGUCACUCAUCUCUGGAAACCAUCAACACCAACGUCACCGCGGCAGAUGAGUUUGUGUGGGUCGAUUCUCAUAACAGAUUGGUGGAAUUACAACAGCUGCCUUGGAGCAACCACGAUGUCCUGAGGGUCGUGCAACAAGGUCGAGUGAGGGAACAGCUGGACAGGGUGUCUAUGGAGGCAGUUCCCCGGCUGUCGUACCUACUGCAGCGGGCAUUAGUCAGAGUUGCCCGGGAGGCACAGAGACUCACGCGACCCUUGGCCAUGUGCAGCAAACAAGAAGUGUCUUCGGCUCUCAAAAUAGUCCUCUCCCCAGCAUUGGCAGAUUCUUGCAUUAAGGCUUGUUUGAGAGCAGCUGCCAUGUACACCGUUUGUGGAGAUCAACUCCGUCAAUCAAAGAGUGCUCGAGCUGGCCUCAAUCUGUCAGUCGGGCGUUUCAUGAGAUGGAUGUGUGAUGUCCGAAUUGGCAAAUUUAUGCAUGAAUAUGCCGCAGUGUACCUGACUGCAGGCAUGGAGAACUUGUUAGAGGAGAUGGUCCUUCAGUGCCUGCCUCCUGAAGAUGACCACAUGCUGACGGCCAGUGUUCUUGAGCAUGCCAUUGCUAAUAAUGGUGAUCUUUGGGGCCUCCUGCAGCCCUAUGCUCACCUAAAUGCUGGCAGAACAGCUACAGGUGCGCUCUGCUUGCCUCGCUGGGCAAGUACUAGCAGUAUUGAAACCUCUGCCAGCGUCUCCGCAGGUGGGAGCCGAGGAAAUGGAAGCUCAGGGUCAAGCAAUGCAGGUGGUGGCACUGGAGUUUCAAACACUACUUCAGGAGGAAAUGAUGGAAUGGGAAGUGGAGGUCUAGGAGGCAGUAACAGCGGAUCUCAGCCUUCUCGUUGUUCAUCAAGUGUCACACUUACCCCUGAAGAGCACUCAAGAAAUAGCAAAACACUGGAGCAGUCUUUGCUUACAACGUGUGUUGGAUCACUGGCGGAGCUGAGUGAGCUGUUAAGUCGGGUCGCUCCUCAUCAUCAUCGUGCUGCCAACACUGCCUCACCCUCACGGGCUCAGGUUACUUGGGGCCCUUCUGCCUUGCAUGCUUUAUUUUACUUCAUGAGGUGUAGCCAACUAGAACACGCAGAGCAUGCAUCUCGUGCCCCAAUUCAGGAACUGGUGUAUGAAAGACCUUACAUAGUGCUACCGCCGCUGCUCGAGUGGGUAAGGGUAGCCACUGCCCACACUGAGCACAGACAUUCUACAGUUGUGGACAAAGAUGACGUCAUGCAAGCCGCCAGACUUCUACUCCCUGGAGUGGACUGUCCCGUGAGAAUGAUCGGAUAUGAAGAAUUGAUGUGCCCACGAAGACAGUUGGAUGAGAUGGAGUGUGCAAAGAAGUUCAAGGUUGACCUUGCAUUUAAGAUGCUUUCCUGUGGAAGAACAGACUUAGUACCACAUGCCUUGCAGCUCCUCCCAGCGACUAAGGUCAACACUGUCAAUGAGUAUGGGCUGACACCACUCAUGCUUGCAUGUAUCCGCGGAGAUGAGCCCAUGGUCAACAUGCUACUGGACGCUGGAGCGGAUGUCGAUGCUGAGACUCCACCAACUGGUCCAGCUUAUCUCAUGGCUAACCCAGAGACUCAACACUGGACAGCUCUCACAUAUGCUGCGAUACAUGGGCACAUUAACAUAGCAAAGACUCUCUUAGAAAAAGGAGGCAAUGUUGAAGGUGGUGCACGGCUUGCUGAGGAAAAAUGCACUGAAACACCAUUACAGGUUGCUGCUGCUGCUGGUCACAUAGAUAUGAUGACUCUACUUCUUUCCUAUGGCGCCAACCCCUACCUCUCAACCCUUAUGAAGGACUCCCUCUGCUAUUCAGGAGCAGCUCAACGAGGCUGCUAUGCUGCUAUUGCUGUCGCUGCUGCACAUGGACAGAAAACUAUUCUUCAUAAACUUCUUUCACAGCCUCAGCAUGCUUCAGCCAGAGAAGUACUGUCACUUGAAGAAAUUUUAGCGGAGGGAGCCAAUGGUAACACUUGUGAUAGAGAUCGACGGCCAGGACGUCAAAUGUGCAUUAUUGAUGAACCUGUUGGACGAGGUAGCAUAACCUCCUCUGACUCCUCUCAAGUUGUAAAGUUAACUAAGCAGCAAAUCAAGACACUUCAGGAAGCAAUGUACCACUCAGCAGAAUCAGGGCACCUUGAAAUGACUUUGGACUUGCGAGAUUUGGGUGUUCCCUGGACACUUCACUGUUGGAUGCAUACAUUAGCUACAGCUCAUGAGCAUCGUUUAGAGUCCAUUAUUGAUCAGUUGUUGCAAGACUUUCUUCAAGUCUGGCCAGAUGACUAUUCUGCUCAGUUUGUGGAUGAGUGUCUGCCACUGCUCUUUACCAUCUUCAGAUGUAGCAAGAAUGAAGGCACCUCUCUUCUUCUAGCUGAUAUAUUUUGUUCGUGUUAUGGUAAAGAAGCUAUAAAAGAAAUUCGGGACACCACGAUCUCAGGCGGGGCAAGAAUUGAUCCUAAAUUUGUAAACAACCCAGAACUUUCUGAUGUUCAGUUCAGGGUGGAAGGUCGAGUGUUUUAUGCUCACAAGAUCAUAUUGGUAAAUGCUUCAUCAAGAUUCAAGCAGAUGUUAAGUUCAAAAUUUUGUGAAGGCAAUCCACCCAUUGUUCAAAUUCAUGAUAUAAGAUACGAUAUUUUUGAGCUGGUGAUGCAGAGCCUUUACAAGGGAGGAUGUGAAAAUCUUGAGGUGGGAGAUGGAGAUGUGUUGGAAUUGAUGGCAGCAGCCAACUUUUUUCAGUUGGACUCAUUGCUACGUUACUGUGAAUCACGCUGCUCACAGCUGGUCAUCGUUGACAAUGUGGUUUCAAUGUAUAUACAUGCAAAAGUGUACAAUGCAGUGCAGCUCCUCGAGUACUGCCAGGGGUUCCUGCUGCAGAACAUGGUUGCACUCUUAACAUAUGAUGAUUCUGUACGGCGCCUCAUUUUUGGGAAAAAAUUGCACAAUCAUGAUGUUUUAGCAGGCCUUCUACUAACACUGCAAGCUCGUAUUAAAGCUCGUUCAUCUCCACGAGCUGGAAAAAAGUGAACUCAGGAAAUAGUAUAUGCCAUUUUGUUCUUGAUGCAUUCUAAUUUCAUAUGCAAAGAGAAAAUUGGCCAAUUGUUUUAGGAACAAGUACAGGAGUUUACAAUUCCUGUUUAGACAGCUGAUAUGGUAUGUCUCAAGUUGCUCUAUAAGGGUAUUCAACUCACUAAUGGUCAGCUUUAAUCAUACUACAUUUAUAUGUAAAUGGUUGUUAGUCUAUGAAGUUUUUUUUUUUUAUUAAAAGCUCAGUCUGCUGGCCAGAUGUAAGCUCUGCUCAUUAUGAAAUCUUGUGCUCAGUCUACAUAGCUUAGUUAUUUACUAGUGUAAUAUGUUAGUUUCCAUAUUUUUGGGUCAGUUUUGAUACUUCUUGAAUAGUAUUUUUAGAUCAGUUAUGUAUAUAGUAGCAUAGCAUUCUCUCUACAAAUAUUAUAUAUUCUAAGCAAAAGCAUUUUUACCUAUGCCUUUUAGGUAGCUUAUCAGGACCCUAAGACAUUUAUGAAAUAUCUGUUCAUUUUGCAUGUUUUAUAUGCAGUAUAUAAAAUAUUUUCAAAUAAUGCUGCAAACAUUUGAUAAAUUAGUUUUAAAAUGACACUAUUCCAAAGUAGAUUUUUUUUUUUAAAUAAAUGAAUAGUAAACACUCAGUGAAUAUAUAUUAAGUGCUAUGUUUUUAGUUUGGGUAGCAGCAUGUAAGCCAGAUAGCUACAAAUUCAGUCAAGCCAUAUGGCAAGACUCCAACAAGUCUAAGAAAAUUUUAAAAAGCAGUGUAUUAUCACUGAAUAGGUCAUUUUGUUAAAAGGUUAAUUGUAUUCUAUCAGUGGAUACAUUUUUAACAAAGUGAGAAUUCUCCAGGACCUUACCAUCACAUAAUUCAUUGAACAGCCAUUGUGGAAACUGCUAAACUCAUCCUCAGGUGCUAAUCAGGAUGUUUAGCAGUAUAUUUUUUUUAUUAUAUCAUAAAAAAUAUUAUUGAGGAAUCAAUAUACUUUCCAAUACUUACAUCAGAGUGGAUUUUAACUAAACACAUGCAGCAACUUUUCCUAAUGAAACUAAAAAAAGAGGCAACAAUAUAUACUUUUUUUUAUAAAUGUAAAUAUGGAUGAAUGGAACAUAUAAAUACUCAAUAUCUUACCAAAUUCAUAUUACAUUGUAUUGAAAGUAAUGAAAAAUGUUGAAAAUUAUUUUAUGAAAGAUGGAGUGCGAGAACCAGGACACUCAUGAAUCUAUAAUACCUUUGAUACCAGUAAUUAGGAGUUUACAUGAAGUGUUUUGUACACUUUACUUGUGGUAACAUGUAAAAACGUUGUUUCUAACUUUUUUGGCAAAUAAGAAGCAUUAUAUAUGUGAGCAAGUCAAACAAUUUUUACAGAUUUUACAGGAUAUUUUUUUUAUCUGGUUUGUUUCAUGCUAGAAGUUUUUAUUCACAAAUGUAGGUUAACAGAAUGAUUAACAUAAGAGCUGUUAUGCUAAUUUGAUACUCAAUAUUAGUCAUGGGGUUUCUUGAGUUACACAAUAUACUGUAAAAUUCAUAGAUACACUUAGAUAUUUAUCCUUGGAUAAAUAUUCAUUUCAGUAAAUAUAAAUUAAUGUUUUCAUUAGGAUUGCACAUCACAGAACAUGAAUGGACUUUAUGAAAAGUAUAAAUUCUAUAAAUGUUGCUAAUGCACCUAUAACCCCCUCCUGCCCCAUAGUCUAUAAAAUGGAAUAUACAGUAAUUAGAAAUUGAAAAUCUUACCCAAAUUUUUUUUUUCUGUUGUCAAUUGCACAUUGUACUGCCUAAAGUGUUAGUUUGAAAAGCAUUAUUUUCUUAAAAUAAUUGCCUGUUAAUGUUUUAAAAUAUUAAGUUGUCUAAAUCAGACAGUAUGAUAUAGAGUCUUAAGUACCAACAUUUUAUCAAAUGCUAAAUAUUAUGUGCUGCACUGCAUUCUGUAAAUUUGAAUUAAUGAUGGCAAAAUCAUCAGUUGUUAUAAUUCUACAAGUUCUGUUCAGAUCAUUAUACUAUUUCAGCAUCUCAGUUCCAAAGCCAAGAUUUUCUUUCAAUUAUUGUUUCCCAUUUUCUAUACAUACCUCAAACAUUUUUAUGGUCCCCUUCCCCAAAGUUUUAUAUUUUAAUACCACUGGAAUUAUUUUACUUGUCCCCCUUACUCCACCCACUAUUGUACAAUAUUACUACCUCAGUUCUAUCUAUGUAUUGGCCUGUUUGUUUGUUUUGUAUAUAUAUUCUAUUUACUGCCAGCAAUAGUUCUUUAAGUAUUUUGUGAUUAUACUUAUUUGUGUUGUAUGUACAUUCAGAAGCGGUCAAUCAUUUCACGUUUUUGUCUGCUCUGCAAGACAAUAACUAAAUGUAUAUAAUGCUGAACAGUAUCAUUUAUGAUAUUUCAGACAGAUAUAAUGCUAAACUUCUCUUUAUGGGAAAGUCAUAUUUUCUUAACUUUGA